GUGUUAACGGGCUUUUGAACAACCCGGCCCUGGUACCAAAAUGCAACAUGAUUUGGUUAACUUUGUAACAAUGAUGGUUGUCAUGACAGCAAUAAACUAUGCAAUCCUUUAAGGUCACAGAGUUAGACACUUGAUACAUGCAUGUAGAAGGCCACAUCAACAAAGCUAGAAGUCGUGAAGGCUUUAAGAAAGAGAUUCUAUCAGCACUAAUGUACACUGUACAUGUAAUUAUACAAUUUGUGAAAUAACAUGCAGUAUAUUGUUAAUAAUUAUUUUGUCAGCAUUAAAUAUUAAUUAUUCAUGUGCAUUUUUGAAUAACAGGGUUUUGUCAUGUCUGAUGGAGAAUCUUCACACAGAUAACAUGAUACCUGAGUGUGAGGAACAGUUAUUGCACUUGGAAUUUUUCAUUGCAAGGGACAUUGAACUUGAUCCUGUAUUGAAGAAAGCUUGCCAAGAUGAUGUUAAGACCAUCUGCAAUGCUCCCAACCUGGAUGAUCAAGACUCAUACCCCAGCAGCCUCAUUAUAUCAUGUCUUUAUAGGCAUGUUGUCCUUGAUCCACAAAGAAAGGUUUCACCCAAAUGUGCUGCUCAUGUGCAGCGUGUGAUGCAUCAAAGAGCUGUUGAUGUCCAUCUGAUGCCUGAAAUACAAACAGCUUGUGUACAGGAUCUUGCAAAACACUGCAGUGAACAACUUGGAAAAGGAGAGGUAAUAGACCUAAACAAGAACACUAUCAGAACAUUGUGGAAGGAAUUUAGCCUGUGCAGUUCAUGGUAUUCUGGGAAAAAUGACAGGGCAGGGUGUAAACAAGAGAGGACAGAGUAAAACCUCAAAAAUACUUAUGGAGAUUGACAAGUGUACCACCUCUCCCCUCCUAAAGAAACCCUCUAUCAAUGAAGACAACUUGUCAGCUGGAAAAUAGAAUUUUCAUUUUUAGGAAUUUGAGGCCAUUUGGUUUAGUUAGAAUUUUGAGUUGGAGUGAUUGUUUCAAGACAGUUUUGGUCCAGUGUCUUAAAAAACCAUUAUAACCAGUUAUUAUAUAUAUCUUGUUUACCAAGCGUCAGUGCUGUGUUGGGAGAGUAUCAGCCAGAAGUCUUUAAAAAAAGACCAAGGGCCAAUAUUUCCCAGUAUGGUCCCUAGCAAGCUUGGUUAAUAAGACAUUAACAAUCACCCUUCAUAUCGCUUUAUGCUUGGGUAUAAAAGCAGCAAUGUAUAGACAACACUGCAUAACACAGUCAUGCUGUUGUCAUGGUAUUGUCAUGUUGGGCAUAUAUUUAUUCUGCAAGGAAUGAGAUUGUUUUGCAGGCUUCACAGGCAAGAUUUGUGGACAGGCACUUACAUUUAUUUGAUAUAGUUAAAUGGAAUUUGAUAUAGUUAACGACUAGGAGCUAGUCUGGUCAGCAACGUUUUUGUAGGCGUUUGUUAGCGUCUUGGCCGUCUGUUAGCAUUUGUUAAGCGUUUAUUGCGUUCUAUAGCGUUUUGCAGCAGUC